CGCUGUCCAUGUUCAACAUCAAUGGCCCGAGCGGUCCAACCAGUCGCAACGAGCGCUCCAUACGGCCACAAGAAGACAAGAGGACUGCCGCUGCGGCCAUGAAAAGAAGUGUUGCAAGACAUCAUGCGGCCCCCCUCGACCGCGACGUGAACAAAGAGAAUGCUUGCGUGUCCACACUCUUUCAGGGUUGCAACUUUUACUUUAAUGGGCACACUGGAAAUGUCUCCUCGUACGGUGCCGUCGAUGCAACAACCAUGUGUGCAUGAGACGGUUUGUGCUGUCGUUAGGUACAACUUAAUUAAAAUGGUGAAGGCUCACGGCGGAAACACAUCCAUUGUGCAUCGCAAGACAAGAGUCACUCACGUGAUCGCGACAAACUUGAGCGGCUCCAAAACUGACGCGGUACUACGGUCUGGCGGACGUGUUCAUUGCGUACACCCUCAGUGGAUAGUAGACAGCAUCGAGAAAGGGAAACGACAACCCGAAGCAAAGUACGUCGUAUGCAAAGACUUCACUGUGUCAUCGUCUGGAAUGACAUUCUUCACGCCAUCCAUCGUACCUCAAGCCAGCAAGCCACCCACUCGAUCGCUCUCGUGAGUGUACUCCACAAAGACGACGAUUAUUGCAGCGCUAGUGAUUCCAUACCAGUAUCAUUGUGCAUCUUGAAUCGUUCAUAGCCUCGCAAAGUCACUUCAACCCUCGCGGUACGACCGU